AAAUGGCCCUAAUGCUGUUUUAUUUUCCUACAACUCUCCUUCCCGGCCUCUCGCUUGCGUCCUUCACCACUGCCGGCAGCAACGGUGGACGAAUUGCCACCUUCUGACUCUGUUAAGUGUUUACACCUCUCCUGUCAAACCGACCUCCCUGAUGAGCUUCCUUGAAUCACGGCUAUAGAGAAGGCUUCACACCUCUCUCUGGAUCAGCUUACUAGACCUCCUAAUCAUUUUUUCUGUCACUGACUGGAACGGAGAUCAACAGUGGGACUCAGGGAGGUCUUUUUCCCACUUUCAUUUCGGGGCCCUUUUUUCCUCUUCUGAGACUCGAAGGAGCUUUCUUCUGUGGAUAGGUCAGGCUGAUGGCCGCCCCAAACACCCAAUCUGUUAUAUUUGUGAGGACUUCCAGCAGUUCCAUACACCACUUUUUGGCCAGACUGCUCUAAUUUGGGAUCCCCUCAUUCUUUUCCUUGUUGUCUCAAACAUCUGUUUUACAUGGUCCCUAAGGAAAACCAACUCUUCCUCCCCUCAGCCACCCAGAACAGUUUCCAUCACUUACCAGACCUUGCCGAUCGCCAGCCUGUCAGGAAUCUCCAGGGACUUGCCUUUACGGUCCUGAUCACCUGCACAGGAGCCUUGGCCCACUGGCAGUGGGAAAGAAGGAAUAGCCACGCUAUUAUGAGAGCCAGAGAGUACAAACAAACGGCUCGUUAAGGAGAGGGAAUCUCUCUUGGUGACACAGCCUCAAUGCGGUGAGUUCCCUCUACCUAAAAACCAGUUGCUCAUCCAGGUGAAAGAAUCUCUGUAGGUGACAGAACCAUUGGCACACGGUCUGUUCCUCUCCCUGAAUGUUGCGUGUCCUCACUGCCAGUAACGGCAAGGAAAAUGGAGUGAGAUUCCCUAUGUUCAAGCCUAUUUCGCUCUUAGAGAUAAGGAAGAACUCUGCAAGACUUGUAAAAUUGACUCUGCUGUGCUAGUCCUGAUGAGACAGCCCCCAUCCUCUCCUCGAGAGGAUCCAUCUGAGCGGGGCCAUGCUAAAAGGGAACCUGAACCAGAUAAGAGCCAUAGGGAGAAAAUCUUUAAACCUGGGGAUAGCACUAAACCCACCCCAUUCUCCAUCUGUAUCCCCCUUUGCCACCGAUAGCCCCCUUAACGCCUUACCUGGGAGAUCUGACUCCCACAAGGCCUCCCCCUAGAAUUUGCCCUUUGGUGGAGACAACGGGUGAAUUUGGACCCCAACUCAUUCAGAAGACUUUUACUCUUCUAGAGUUAAAGCACAUCAGACAGAAACUAGGUAAAUUUUCUGAUGAUCCUGACCACUACGUUGACAACUUCGGCUUUUGACUUAGCCUGGAAGCAUGUCAUGAUAAUCUCAGAGCGAACUCUAUCAGAUACUGAGAAAGUAAAGGUCCUAAAGGAGGCCUGCAACUUUGUGGACAGCCUCCAUUUAUCCAGCUCAAAAUAUUCUGUGGGGGAUACCACCAUUCCCCAUAAGGACCCUUACUGGGAUUACAAUAAUCCCAAUGGACAAUGGGAAAAGGAACAUCUUAUAAUCUGUAUAAAAGCUGGACUCAAAACAAGAAGAAGGAAACCCAUUAAUUCCUCAAAGUUUUCUGCCAUCAGCCAGGAACCCAAUGAAAACCCUACAGCCUUCCUGGAAAGGCUCAAGGAGGCAAUAAUUAAAUAUAGCAACCUAGACCUGGACUCCCUUGAAGGAAAAACCAUUUUAAAGGAUAGGUUCCUUACCCAGUCUGCACCAGACAUCAGGAGGAAGCUCCGAAAGCUUACGCAGGAGCUCAGUGUUAAUCUAGAUGAAUUUCUAGCUACAGCCACCACUACCUUUUAUAACUGGGACCAGGAGAAGGAGGUCAAGGCUUGGGAGACGGAAAAGAGAAAAAAAAUAGGCAGGCCCAAUUAUUGGCAGCCCUGCAGGGGCAAACCUCAUCCGGAGAAGCCCGGACCCGUCCCAACGGAAGCCAAGACCGGUGCCGAGUCUGCAAAAAGCCUGGCCACUGGGCGAGGGAAUGCCCCAACAAGGACACGCCUCCUAAGAUACCCUGUCCAAAAUGCCAAAGAAGUGGCCAUUGGGGAGCCAACAGCCCUUGGGCUGAAAGGCCGAGGGGCCAGGGGCAGCCCCUUGGUUGGCCCUAGAUUGACAGGGGCCUUCCACUCCAGAUGGACCCCCUGUUUAAUGUCAGUAUUACUGGACUGGAGCCAAGGGCAAACGUGGAUGUGGCAGGCUCAGCGGCCAUGGCUCACGGGCCCAGCCACUCCGCGGCAUGUGGGAUCUUCCCGGACCGAGGCACGAACCCACGUCCGUUGCAUUGGCAGACCGAUUCUCAACCACUGCGCCACCAGGGAAGCCCGUGAUGAUCAUCUUUAAUCUAUUUCCUAGAGCUAAUCAUGGUUCAAGAAUCUUGGAAGGCUACAGCAGCAGCCAUUGAGCAACAGUGCAGGAAACACAACAACCUUAGGGUAUUUCGAGAAGAGAGGCAUUUAAUAUAGGGAGUUAGUUAACCAUUAACAUUUUGGUGUAUUUCCAUUAACAUUUUGGUGUAUCUCCUUAAGGUCUUCUGUGUUUGUAACAAUAGUGAAAUAAUGCAGUACAUAAUUUUAUGUCUUGUUUUAUUAUUCGCUUAACAUUAUAUCAUGAGCAAAUUUCCUGUGUAAAACUUAAAAAUAUUACUUUUAGUAGUUGCUUGAUGUUCCGUUCUAUAGAUCUAUUAAAUUAAUUUUUCCUAAACAUUUAGAUUGUUCGUUUUUCCCUUCUCUUUUUUUUUUUUGCUUUUAAUACUAAAAUAACAU